ACUGUCUUCAUCCACUUGACUCCCAAGACCCGCCCACACGUGGCCAACCUUUUGCGUUUUUAAUGCUUUUUCACUGCAGGUUCAUGUGUUGAGACCAACCUUAUAUGGACUGAUCGGACCGGUAAUGGCUUAUUUCCCCCUAGCACCCAGCAGUAGCACAGUAUACAUGAGCCAGAUAUAGCACUUCAGCCACUUUGGCAUUCUUCCUGGACUUACAAAACUGAUUGCUCUUCUACUUGGUUAGGUAAUGCUUAUCGACAGAGGCUCAUGAUUUGCUUUGACUGUAGUUCAACCUAGAACGGAACUGAGAUAUCCUUUUUUUUCUGAACAGCGAUUGUGUUUUGUCUUUUAAAACAGCGGAUUGCCAAACUGGUGCAGCAACUUUCCUGCAUACAUUUCCCCAGAAUAUGUCGUUGACCAACACAAAGACGGGCUUUUCUGUAAAGGACAUUUUGGACCUCCCUGACACGAAUGAUGAAGAAGGAUCUAUCACUGGACCGGAGGAAGAUAACGAGGGAUCAGAGACAACAAAAAACACUGGAGUUUUGGUGCAAAGUCCUCUAGAAAACGUUCAGAAUCUGCCUAUAAAGAAUCCCUUUUAUGAUAGUAGUGACAAUCCUUACACAAGAUGGCUUGCCACCACGGACAGUAUCCAAUAUUCGCUGCAUGGUCUAUCAGCUAGUUCUCAAGACUCAGCCAAGUCCCCAGAACCCUCCGCGGACGAAUCGCCAGACAAUGACAAGGAAACUUCAAGCAACGGCAGCGACUCCGGUAAGAAGAGAAAAAGAAGAGUGCUGUUUUCCAAAGCACAGACGUACGAACUUGAGCGUCGAUUUAGGCAACAGAGAUACCUUUCCGCGCCAGAGAGAGAACACCUCGCGAGUUUGAUUCGCCUGACUCCAACUCAAGUGAAAAUUUGGUUCCAGAAUCAUCGAUACAAAAUGAAGAGAGCGCGCGCUGAAAAAGGUAUGGAAGUGACCCAUCUCCCCUCUCCCCGGCGGGUGGCCGUGCCUGUCUUAGUCAGGGAUGGAAAGCCUUGUCAUACUCUUAAAGCUCAGGACUUGGCGGCCACAUUUCAGGCUGGAUUCCCCCUCUCGGCAUAUAGCGCCCAGACCCUUCAUCAAAUGCAAUAUAAUGCGCAGUACAGCGCCGCCACCACGCCACAAUUCCCUUCAGCACAUCACUUGAUGCAAACGCAACAGUGGACUUGGUGAACUAGUAGAGACUGGCGGGGCUGCCCUUUAAGAGCACGAUAGGGGGUUCACUACAAAAUAAAGACUUUUCAUUUUGCAGCUUGACCCAUAGGCCUAUUUACCAUUUUUUGGGGGGCUAAUGUGUGCGCCAUGUUUACAUGUUUUCGUUAAGAGAACUGGGUCCAGCCUCUCCCUAGAUUUAAGAAUGUCAAUGCUCUUGUGAAAUUUUGUAAAGUAUGUUUGUGUGUUGUAGAAAUGUUUUCUUUUUGUCCUUCGUGUUAUAAGCACGUACAGAACCACUUUAUAAUUAUAGAAGAUUUCUUGCUUCUUUUACAAUGGACCGAAAAUAUUUAUGGCCAUGAAUAAACAUUGGCAACUUUUAGCUUUUUUCCCUUUGUUUUUUGUAAAUACUUUGUCGUGAUUGUUUGCAAACCAGAAACAUGCAGGAUCGUAUAAGUGGAGAUAUACAUAUUUCCAAUUAAAAAAGAAGGAAGAAUUUGUGGCGAAAUUGUCAUGACUGUCGUAACAGAUCUCAUAUGAUUAUGUGAAUAACAGUUCAAUCGCGCGCUGAUGGGGAAAUAUACCGAUUUUUAUAAGGAUUUUAAUAAAAUGCUGUGUUGAAGAAAUUACCUUUUGGUUUG